CCACACUCCUAAGACUCUUCGAUGAUUCAUUCAAUGCUCUCUCUCUCUCUGUUUCUGGCAAGAGGAAUCAUGAGCUUCCCUGCAGUACUCGCAACCCUUUUCGUUUUUUUGCUGUUCCAUCAAACUUGCAGUGUUAAGGAUAUUCAUCUUACCGAGGCAGGAAACGGUUGUUCUCCUUCCUGUGGCAGUAUCCAAAACAUAAGCUAUCCAUUUCGAUUAAUGGACGAUCCACCAAACUGCGGCGACCAAAGGUAUACGCUGUCAUGUGAGAACAAAAUUACUGUCUUAUACUUAUAUGGUGGAAAGUACUAUGUGCGGGAGAUCAAUUACAGUGACUACACAAUCCGAGUGGUAGACUCGGGUAUUCAGAGUGCUAAUUUCUCCUCUAUCCCUCGUUAUUCUCUAACCUAUUAUAAUUUUAGUUCUGGGGAUUCAUAUUAUUACCCAGUAUAUUAUUUUUACAAACAAACGACUAGUAUGGCUUUCUUGAGCUGUGAAAAGCAAGUGAAUUCAUCUUAUUUCAACAUUCCAACUAAUUGCUCUAAGAAGGGAGUAUAUUCUUCCAAGUACUCUUCAUCAUCUUCCCAGAUGCAUAGAUAUGUUGCGUAUGAUCUAAGUCCAUAUCCAGAGGAGGUGGAGGAAUCUUGCCGACUAGAGAUAAUAUCCCUAAUAUCGAGGGAAGCCCAUCGAUAUACAAAAGCAGGUCCUUCCUGCGAAGAGAUCCACAACGAAUUGUUAUAUGGUUUUAGCCUUCAUUGGUUCCGAGUUUAUUGUGAAUGCGACGCAGGAUAUUGCUACCCCGAUGAUUACGCGAAUAAAAUUCAAUGCAGGAACUUAACUACAGAUCAAGGAUUCUUCAAAAGACUUGAGGGCGUAUACAAUGCUACUUCACCCAAAAAGUUGAUUCUACUGGUUUUCUAUCUCGGGCUAUACCUUGGAGCAAAACUGGUAAUAGGGACUCCAAUUGUGAUUGCAUUCUUGAUCUAUAAAUGGCGAAGGAGGCAUUUGUCAAUGUACGAUGCUAUUGAAGACUUUCUACAAAGUCACAACAACCUCGCGCCCAUAAGAUAUUCAUACCCACAAAUUAGGAAGAUGAGCAAGAAUUUCAAGUACAAACUAGGUGAAGGAGGGUAUGGAACUGUAUUUAAAGGAACACUUCGAAGUGGCCGACUCGUGGCAAUAAAGAUAUUAACCAAGAGCAAAGCUAAUGGGCAAGACUUUAUCAAUGAGGUUGCAACCAUUGGAAGAAUUCAUCAUGUUAAUGUAGUGCAACUCAUUGGUUUUUGUGUUGAAGGAUCAAAGCGUGCUCUUGUAUAUGAGUUCAUGUCUAAAGGGUCUCUCAAUAACCAUAUUUUUAUGAAAGAAGGAAGUAUCCUCAUAAGCUACAAGAAAAUGCAUGAAAUUGCUCUAGGGGUGGCUCGUGGGAUCGAAUACUUACAUCGAGGUUGUGACAUACAGAUUUUGCAUUUUGAUAUAAAGCCUCACAACAUUCUUCUUGACGAGAAUCUUCAUCCCAAGCUUUCUGACUUUGGCUUAGCAAAAUCAUAUCCAAUAGAAGAUAGCAUUGUUUCUUUGACUGCUGCAAGGGGAACGUUUGGAUACAUGGCUCCUGAGUUUUUCUAUAAAAAUAUUGGAGGCAUCUCAUACAAAGCUGAUGUUUAUAGUUUUGGAAUGUUAUUGAUGGAAAUGGCAGGUAGAAGAAAGAAUUUGAAUACAGAUGCAGAACAUUUGAGCCAAAUCUACUUUCCCACGUGGGUCUACGACCAAUUGCAUGAUGGAAAUGAUAUAGAGAUGGAGGAAUAUGCCACAAAGGAGGAAGAGGAAAUAGGUAAGUUGAUGAUCAUAGUUGCUUUAUGGUGUAUACAGAUGAAGCCUAGUGAUCGUCCUUCAAUGAACAAAGUGGUAGAAAUGCUUGAAGGGGAAGUUGGAUCCUUGCAACUACCUCCUAAGCCUUUAUUUUCAUUGCCAGAGCAACAAAUAGAGCAUAACGUGGAGAUUUCAAAUCAAGAUUGCUUAUCAAUGCAUUCAAAUGAAUCAAGUCAGUCCAGUAGUACUCAAUCGUAGAAUCUCUCAAUCAAGAACAUAAUUCUAUCAUCCCUAGUCAAGGAAGCUGGCAGGUCUUCUCAUCUUUGAUAUAACUCAAAUUAGAUGUUUCAUAUUUAUAUGCAAUAAUAAUGAAUGUUGGUGUGGUGUUUGAUAACUCUUGCAUAUUCCUAUAGUAGUUUUCUUAUUUAUUCUCUUUA